AAUCGAAACUGAAACAGCUGAGAGUGUACAAAAAGGAGGAGAGUCGGGAAAUAAGAGACAGAUCACUCAGAGGAUCAUCGCGGUUACAGAGUGCAAGAUAGUCAACACAUCUGACAUGAGCCUCCAGGUUUGUCACUGCUGUGGCUGGUCCAAAGUGACCAGCUACCAGGGCCUGAGAGUUCACCAGGGGAAGAUGGGAUGUACACCAAAGGGGAUGAGGAUCCCUGAGAACGAACAAUUCAGAGUUAACAGUUACAUGCCUCAAUUUACAUUCAUGAGACCUACAAUCAAAAUAGAGGAGCCUGUGAUGGAUAUCUUCACCUCUUCUCUGAGGCCUGACUCCACAUCAGACAUGAGCCUCCAGGUUUGCCACUGUGGUUGGUCUGAAUUUACGACUAAGCACGUCCUGAGAAUUCAUCAGAUGAGCUGCAGGCCGAAGGCAAUUAGCAUCCCAGAGAGUGAAAAAAAGGACAGCAGACCAGUGAACAGCACUUUAGUCAAGACAGAGAAUGGGCCAAACCUCUUCGCUCAACCAAACCUUAAAGUCAAUGAAGCUGCAGUGAUAGGGAUGAUCAAAUCAUUCAUUGAAAAUCAGCAGCACUCUGCACAAAUGAAUGCUAACGUGGACACAAGUCAUCGAGCACUUGAUUUCAACACUGGUACACAGCCUGUCAUGCCGGUGUCACAGACCUUCACCACCCAAACGUAUCCUGCUAUUACAGAGGUCACAGUGGAGGAGACGAACAAACCAUUCUUUGAGACUCCUCAGCGCUCUCACCAAUCCAACACCAACUCGGACAAAGCUCGUCGAGUGCUUGAUUUCUCCACUGGUGCACAGCAGGUGGAACAUAUGAGCUGGAGGCCUCCGACAACCACAGCUCAGGAUAUAGCAGUCCUUCUGAAGGAGAAAGAAAUGAAGAGAGAGAAGGAGAGAGAGAUGGAGAGAGAAAGAGAGAAAGAGAGGGAGAAAGAAAGGGAGGCUCAAAAACUACUAAAGGCAAAACAAGACCGGAAGAGGGCUGAGUUACAGCUGAAAAUUCAAAUCAGGGAGCACAAGUUGGGUGAAGUCAGAUCAUCCGUAAAAGGCUGCAAGGGCAGCUUGGAUGCAGAGUGGCUGGAGAUCAACAAUGCGUUCACCAAGGUGAUGAAAGUUGUGGAGGAUGCUUGGCUCAAAGCUCUUCAACCUCUAGAGGAGAGGAGACGAAAAGUAAAGAGAGAAGCACAAGAUCUGGUUGAGAAGCUGGAAAGAGAAGUUGAUAAACUCAAAGAUGUGCAGGUUUCUCUAGAUGAAUCUAGAGAUUGGAAAAAUCUAAGUCUUGACACUUCAUUCUCCUUCGGUUCCCUGAGAACCACAACUUCAACCAUGAUGGAACAAAUUUGCCUGGAACUUGAAAAACUCUCUUCUGUUGAACUCAGGAGAAUUCCCACAUUUGCAGUGGAUGUGAAGCUGGACCCUGCUACUGCACAUCAAUGCCUGCUUCUCUCUGAUGAUGGGAAGAAAGUGAAAGAUGGAGGAAAGAACCAGAGAGUUCCUGACAGUCCAAAAAGGUUUGACAUGUUUGGCAGCAUUCUAGGGCUCAACAGCUUGACCUCUGGGAAAUCAUACUGGGAAGUGGACGUCAGCAACAAGACCGGGUGGGAUCUGGGUGUGGCAAGAGGUGACGCAAACCGCAAGGGCAAACUCCUUCUGAACCCAGACAAUGGUUACUGGGUGACUGUACAUUAUGAAGACAAACAAUACGCAGCCCUGACAGCUCCACCUGUCAGCCUCUCCCUGAGAAAGAAAGCUAAGAAGGUGGGGGUGUUUGUGGAUUACGAGGAAGGGCUUGUCUCUUUCUACGAUGUGACGACUCAGUCUCACAUCUACUCGUUUACUGGGUGUUCAUUCGGUGGCGAGAUCUUCCCAUAUUUCAGCCCACAUCUCCAGCAAAAUGGGAAAAACUCAGAUCCCCUGAUUAUCUUGCCUGUGAAAAGGCAGUAGUGGCUAUAAAGUAUGUUUUUCCAUGUGUACUGAUAGAGCAUAUUGCUACACAUAUACUCUGGGAUGAUGUUUCAUCAAGUGUCACAGCAUUCAUCUUGUAACUGAAUAGAUCAAAUUUAAAGUAGGUGAGAGGAUGCUAUUUACCAUUUGAUAUCCUGUUACAGUCUACAGUUUAAAAUGCAAAUAGCUUUUAAAUAACCAUAAUGACCUGGUAUAUUUUAGGCCAUGAUUGUUUCUGCACAGGGGCAUUAUGUUUUUGGGUUGUCUGUCCAACUGCCCAUUCCUUGGUCAGUCCAUCCAUUCAUUCCAUCCAUGUGAAUACAACUUCUCAAUUGCACUUUUUUUCAAAUUUGGCACAAACAUGCACUUGGGCUCAAGAAUGCACUUAUUCGAUUCUGGUUAAAGGUCAAGGUCACUUUUGUCCUCCUGGAUGCCAAAUUCCAGUAACACCUCAAAAGGAAUCCCUUCAAAACACAUUUGUAGACAGAAGUCAGUAAUUCAUGUUAAUGAAUGACUGUGCGUCCUAGAAACAAAGAAUCUUGUCAGUAGUAGUAGUUGUUCACAUCUUAAUCUAAACAUUUAUUGAAAGCUUCUAUUCAUUUCUGUGUAGCUCUUGAUCAAUGUUUUCCUCUUACAUCUUCAUCAAAUGAGGAAUAAGGGAUAUUUGUACCACUUUCUUACUCUCUGUGAAUAUUGCAAAAGUUACACUGAAUAUCAUUUUGCACUCAUACACUUGUGUUUCUAUUUGAUGUAGGAUGUGAUCAUGUCUAUAUUCCUGAUUGUGUCA